AGUAUUGACAAUGUCAAAUUUUUCACCACAUUUUUGGCUAAAAACAAAUGUCAGUCAUUCGGUGCCUUCUUUGCUUCCUUUCCUUCUCUGUUCAUACUCAAGAUGGGUAUUAGUCGUGAUAGUGCUCAUAAGCGCCGUGCCACUGGUGGUAAACGCAAAUCCCUACGCAAGAAGCGUAAGUUCGAGUUGGGACGCCCAGCUGCAAACACCAAACUUGGUGCAUCACGUAUACACAAAGUACGCACACGCGGUGGAAACAUUAAACAUCGUGCACUUCGUCUAGACACUGGCAAUUUUGCUUGGGCCUCUGAAGGUAUCACACGCAAGACACGUGUGGCCGAUGUUGUAUACAAUGCCUCCAAUAACGAAUUGGUACGUACCAAAACUUUGGUGAAGAACUCAAUUGUUGUAAUUGAUGCCACACCAUUCCGUCAAUGGUAUGAAUCCCACUAUGUCCUGCCAUUGGGACGCAAACGUAAUCCCAAACAUCAACAAAAAGAAGAUGAAAAUGACGUUUUAAACAAGAAACGUAGUGACAAAGUUAUGAAGAAGUAUUUGGAACGCCAAAAGUUCGCUAAGGUUGAACAGGCUUUGGAAGAUCAAUUCAUUUCUGGUCGUAUCUUAGCCUGCAUCUCAUCCCGCCCCGGUCAAUGUGGUCGUGCUGAUGGUUAUAUCUUGGAGGGUAAAGAAUUGGAAUUCUACCUUAAGAAAAUCAAAUCUAAAAAAUAAGCUAAACAAUACUAUUUACUGUAUUGAACUUUCAUAGUAAAAAAAGAGCAAAACAAAUACAUAACAAGUUCAAACAAAAAUCAAA